GAGACCCAGAGAAGAAGGAUGAAGGUGACGGUGACAGUAAGUUCAAUCUUAAAUGUAAAAGCGUUCCUCAUGAUGAUCGGGCUUGUUCCAGUCCUGCACCACGUUCUGACCCUCUCAAUUCCAGGACCCAGGGUCACGUACAUACCUCCGACGCUGCCGGACGAUGAAGACUCCAUUUUUUCCCACUACGAGUCGGGAAUCAACUUUGACAAGUACGACGACAUCCUGGUGGACGUCAGUGGAACAAACCCUCCCCAAGCGAUCAUGACCUUUGAAGAAGCCGCCCUGUGUGAGACCCUGAGCAGAAACGUCAGCAAGUCUGGGUACGUGAAGCCGACUCCGGUGCAGAAACACGGCAUCCCCAUCAUCUCUGCUGGCAGAGACAUCAUGGCCUGCGCCCAGACUGGAUCUGGUAAAACGGCGGCCUUCCUGCUGCCCAUCCUGCAGCAGCUGAUGGCCGACGGCGUGGCAGCGAGUCGCUUCAGUGAGAUCCAGGAGCCUGAAGCCGUCAUCGUGGCUCCAACCAGAGAACUCAUCAACCAGAUCUUCCUGGAGGCCAGGAAGUUUGCCUUUGGGACGUGUGUCCGUCCGGUCGUAGUUUAUGGAGGCGUCAGCACCCAGCACCAGAUCAGAGAGAUCUCCAGGGGAUGUAACGUUCUGUGUGGAACACCAGGACGGCUGCUGGAUGUGAUUGAAAGAGGAAAGGUUGGGCUCAGUAAGGUGCGCUACCUGGUUCUGGAUGAGGCCGACCGGAUGCUGGAUAUGGGCUUUGAACCCGACAUGCGCCGCCUGGUGGCCUCCCCUGGAAUGCCGAGUAAAGAGAGCCGUCAGACUCUGAUGUUCAGCGCCACCUACCCUGAAGACAUCCAGAGGAUGGCGGCGGACUUCCUGAAGACCGACUACCUGUUCCUGGCUGUGGGGGUGGUGGGCGGAGCCUGCAGCGACGUGGAGCAGACGCUGAUGCAGGUCACCAAGUUCUCCAAGAGGGAGCAGCUUCUGGACCUCCUCAGGACCACAGGAAUGGAGCGCACCAUGGUGUUUGUGGAGACCAAGAGACAAGCAGAUUUCAUCGCAGCUUUCUUGUGCCAGGAGAAAGUUCCAACUACCAGCAUCCAUGGCGACCGGGAGCAGCGGGAGCGAGAGCUGGCUCUGGCAGACUUCCGCUCCGGCAAAUGUCCCAUCCUGGUGGCCACCUCGGUCGCUGCUCGGGGUCUGGACAUUCCAGAUGUGCAGCACGUGGUCAACUUUGACCUUCCUAACAACAUAGACGAGUACGUCCACCGUAUUGGGAGAACUGGGCGCUGUGGGAACACUGGCAGAGCGGUGUCCUUCUACGACCCGGACACUGAUAACCAGCUGGCCCGGGCUCUGGUCACCAUCCUGUCCCAGGCCCAGCAGGAGGUUCCUUCCUGGCUAGAAGAGGGUGCGUUCAGUGGCCACGGUUCCUCCAGCUUCAGCACCCCCAGACACAAGACUUUUGCCUCCACAGACUCCAGGAAGGGUCAACAUCCAGGAUCUUUCCAGGACAACGCUGUGAAGAACCAGCCACCGGCUCCGGCUGCAGCUGAUGAAGAGGACUGGGAGUGAAAAACAGGACGAGGAGGAGACGAGACUGAUCUGAGUUGAUUUUCUUUGCGGUGUUCAGCUUGUUGUGUUUUUGUUGUUUUUGUUUGGAGCCGGAUUGUUUCUCGGGCUGGACAAAGGUAGUGUCAGUGUUGUGUUAAAAAGGAAGCAGCUGUUCUGUAUAAACUGGAUUUGUUCAGUCUGAACUGGCAUAAUGUGGAUUUUUCUUACUAGCAUCACCUGCAUUAACGUGGUGAAACUGUCUGACAUUAAGUCCCAGCUUUAAU